CGACCAUCGGUUCUCUCGGCUUUCUCUCCUCGACCGAACAAGGUGUGCGUGCGUCGCGCUGCUGAAUCCAACAUUCACUGGUGCGGAAAGAAAAUUACCUGCAUUAGUUAAUUUUCCGUCGAAUUUUCAAACAUCAAUUUGGCCGAGAAAGUCGAAGAAAAUCGUAGCUUAAUAAUUAUAUUGCUAAAAUCCGGUGCCAGAAGCUCAAUUUAGCAACAAAAGUGACCCCGUCAUCCGUUUCAGAAACGGGCAAACAGUGAAACGCGUUUUGUGGGAAUAGGAAAAUUUUUCACUUCGUGUACGCCAUCUUAUUUUCCGAAUAAGGGGGCCCCAUUGCAGAGCACCGAUUUCUCAAGCAAGUAUCACCCCAAAUCGAAUUCGUCGUCGAGAAGCAACAACAACAACAAAAAGCUCGGAAGAUUUUGCCUCGUUGCUUCACAUACCCUUCUCAAAUAGUACGGUGCCCCGUUGUAAAGUAUAGUGAGAGCUUGUGCUGGUCAGAAACAUUAGAAAUUCGACCAUCGCGGUGCGGAAAAUUCCUAGUGCAGGUUCAAUUAUUGCGCAUACAUUACACACGUUCGCACACCAAACGUUUGGAAGGAGCAGAUAAAAUUGUAACUCCUGGAGAGCAACAAGAAACACUUGCUUAAAAUCACGUCGAAGUAAGAAGUAUUAUUGGUGAAAGUAUCGUGAUCAAAAGUUUUUAAGUGUUAUUCCUGGUUGCAUUGUCCGGAAAGCGUUCGGUAGUAUUGAACGGAAGAGAAAGCUUGAGUAGAUAAAAACAAAGAUGCAGUUCCAAGGCAACAGCCAACCACACCCGGGUGGUUUCCGUCCGCGCAGCGAGAAGCCGGACUUUUACGGCGGAGGUGCCGGUGGACCAGGCGGUGGUUCCGGAGGUAAACCCCAUUUUAUGAACAAACCUGGCGGUACCGGUGGGCCACCUUCAAUUCCUCCUUUUAAUCCAGGUUUCGGGGGACCAAAGCCGAUGUACGGAGGUGGCGGCCCGACCGGUGGACCAGGGCAAGGCGGCCCGCGGGGAUUCAACAAGUUCGGACAGAACAAUUUCGGUGGGCCCGGCGGCAUGGGAGGCAUGCCACCCAAGAAGGAUUUCGGCGGCCCUAAAUUGUACGGUGCUGGACCGGGAAUGGGCGGCCCAGGUAAGCCGCAGUUCGAUCGACCUCUAGACACGUUCGGUGGACCGAAGAAGUAUAACACAAUGCCCGGUGGAUAUGGAGGUGACAGAGGACGCAACGGAUACGGUCCGAAACCCGAUUUUAUGAGUAUGAGCAAGGAGGAACGCGCCAAGGUUCAAUCGCUGAAGGCCAAGUUCCCCGGACAGGGUCUGGUUAAGCCAAUCUGGAAGGAGCUGGAGCCCUUCGAGAAAGAUUUCUAUGUGCCACACCCUAAUGUGAUGUCCAGGACCCAAGAGGAGGUCCAGACAUUCCGCGAACGUAUGCAAAUAACCGUUAUGGGCAACAAUGUACCACACCCUACUCAAAGUUUCGAAGAAGGGACAUUCCCGGAUUCGGUAAUGAACGAGAUUGGCAAACAGGGCUUCCCGGCCCCAACAGCCAUUCAAGCCCAGGGCUGGCCCAUUGCUCUUUCCGGCCGCGAUUUGGUCGGUAUUGCGCAAACCGGUUCCGGCAAGACGUUGGCCUACAUGUUGCCAGCCAUUGUUCACAUUGCAAACCAGAAGCCACUACAGCGAGGCGAAGGACCGGUCGUGCUGGUCCUUGCUCCAACUCGGGAGCUAGCUCAGCAGAUUCAAACCGUGGUGCGGGACUUCGGUUCCCACACGAAACCUCAGAUCCGCUAUACUUGCAUCUUCGGUGGAGCGCUGAAGGGACCACAGGUUCGCGAUUUGGAGCGCGGCGUUGAAGUUGUUAUUGCCACUCCGGGACGUUUGAUUGACUUCUUGGAACGCGGUAUCACUAAUUUGCGUCGUUGCACCUACCUGGUGUUGGAUGAAGCGGAUCGUAUGCUGGACAUGGGUUUUGAGCCGCAGAUUCGCAAGAUCAUUGAACAGAUUCGACCGGACCGACAAGUUUUGAUGUGGUCAGCCACAUGGCCGAAAGAAGUUCAGGCGCUAGCAGAGGACUUUUUGCACGAUUACAUUCAAAUCAACAUUGGGUCGUUGAAUCUGUCCGCAAAUCAUAAUAUCCAUCAGAUCGUGGAUAUUUGCGAAGAAAACGAGAAGGAAAGCAAACUGCUGACACUGCUGAAAGAAAUAGCCGCCGAUAGAAACAAUAAAAUUAUUAUUUUCGUGGAAACUAAGAAAAAAGUUGAAGAUCUGCUGAAGAAUAUAAUUCGCGAUGGGUAUGGCGCGACUUCGAUCCACGGUGAUAAAUCGCAGGCGGAGCGAGACUAUGUGUUGCAAGACUUCAGGCAUGGAAAGAGUACAAUACUGGUGGCGACUGAUGUUGCGGCUCGCGGUUUGGAUGUGGAGGAUGUCAAAUAUGUCAUCAACUUUGAUUACCCCAACUCUUCGGAGGACUAUAUUCACCGAAUUGGUCGCACUGGACGUUGCUCGUCAUUCGGAACUGCCUACACCUUCUUUACUCCUGGUAAUGGUCGCCAGGCAAGGGAACUGUUGUCGGUUCUAGAAGAAGCUGGUCAACAGCCAACCAAUGAACUUAUAGAGAUGGCAAAAUCGGUACCUGGAGGAAAAGGUCGUGCACGUUACAAUAUUCGUGGAGCCUUGACUUCGAAUGGCUUCGGUGGUCGAGGUCGUGAACCGAUGAUCAUGAUGAAGGGAGGAUUUGGCGGACCUAAGAUUUUCCCCAAGAAGCCAUUUGAGAACCGUUUCGGUGGUCCCCCAGGAGGUGGUCCAGGAAUGAAUCGAUUCAACAAUCCCAAUGGCCCUCCAAACAAGUUCGGUGGCCCAGGAAGCGGUGGAUAUCGUGGAGGCGACAAUGGUGGCUGGAACAAGAAUGGUGGAGGCUAUCAGCAAUCAUCCCACCAGGGGCAACCUCAAGGAGGUCAGCACAUGUACGAAUCACAUCAACAGAUGCGAUUCCCUCCGAAAGUUUAUCAAAAUCAUCAGCAACAGUAUGACGAUUUCUCCAACCAAAUGGUUGGAGGUCCACAGCAGGCCUUCAACGGCCACAGUGGAACUCGAUUCUACCAAAACAAACCCCACCAGGGUGCUGGCGGACUUCAACAAUCUCAACCGGGCGGUCCAGGUGGUCGCUACAAUCCAAACAACGCUGAGGGUGGCCCGAAACCGCCAUCGGCAGGUCGUCCACCUUAUCAGCCGAAUCAGCAACAGCAGCAGUUUAGCAACAACUAUGCAACAGGCACCGCCAAUCCCUAUCCGCAAUUAGCAGCGGCAGCCGCAGCAGCUGCAGCCGUUGGCGGAGGACAAACCAUUCCGGCAGCUGGCUUUGCCACCGGUUUCGAUCCUCUAGGGGGUGGUGCUAUGGGAACCUAUGCUUCUUCGUAUCAAAUCCCGGCAGCAGCGGCUUUCUAUUCUUAUCCAGCUGCAACGGGUCCACCACCACCGCCACAAACCCAGGCGCCACCACUUGUUCCACCGGUUCAGCAAGCUGACGAUGUGCGACAGAUGGGUUUGUACUCGCCGAACGGUGGACUGGUAGUAUGUCCAGUGGACACGGACUUUCAAACUUUUGUUCCAAACUAAACGAAGAUGCACUGGUGAAGAAUAACGUAGGUCACAACGAAACCGCUACUAGCCUAAUAACUACCAUUUUAUUGCUACAAACCAAUACUAUCACAACUUCUGCUAACAUUACCGCUUCCAUUUUUUGCUACUACUGUUGCUAAGGUGUUGCAACUUUAAUUUUUUUCUUCUACCAUAACAAUAUUCCAAUAUUACGAUAUAUCCUUUAACAUGGAAAGAAUUCCUCAUCAUUUGCAAACUAGCAUGAUUUAAUUUAUUUGCUAUUACACCGAACAUGGGAGUAUGUUUUGAAUUCCAAAAUGGAAAAUUGAUCAAAGCCGGGACUACAUAUCGGAAACGAUCGAUAUAUUGUGCGAAGUGAUUCAAUCCAAACAUUUUGAGCUACAAGAGAGCUGUCGAAUUGCGAUCAUCAGCAUAUAAGGGCAUCGUUAUUUUUUAUUCGUACAUAGUUGAAUCCUGGUGUAUGAACCCAAUUCAACACAUUUAAGAAGUGUUUCCAGCCCCAACUGGAACGACCGGAAGCUCUGUCUCUCUAGUUCGGAUAUUGGUGUAUCUUGCUUAAUUGCUGUCUUAGGUUAUUAAUAGACGGAAUAACCUUGUCGAAAUUUUGCAACCUACCUAGAACUUACGAUCGGGAAUUUUAAUCUGUGUUUUGUGAUUGCGUAUCGUAUGUACAUGAAAAGUAUUUUAUUGUUUCUUAUUGAUGUAAUUUUGUCAGAUUAUAGUUUCUGAUGUUUCUAUGCUCGUUGCUAGACAACAACAUUUGAAAUUUAUAAACCUUAAGCCUGAGACUUGAAAUAUGAAAGACAGAAAACGAUUAAGCUAGAACAAAUUCAAUACAUUGAAAUAUCAAAACUAAGAACUAUGGAUUUCAAAUCGAAGUAUAAUGUUAAAUAAUUGGAAAAAAUAUAUAUAAACCUGAGCCAAAUAAAAAAAAUGGAACAAGUGAACAAAGCAAUUCAGUCCAUUUCAAAUUAUUGAGUUAUUAUCCAUUCUAACUUGAAUUGAAUGCGUUUCGUCCAAUCCACCAGUUUAAUAAUACUUAAACAGAUCAACCCGGUCGCUGUCAGCUUCUGAACAUAAUCGUGUUAAUUGAAAAGUUUAGUUUUGAUUUCUUAUGAAAAAACUACAAAAAAAACAACAGCCAACCACUCUGAUAACUUGAGGGAGAGUAUAUUUUUAAAUUUACCUGUCGUAAACAUAUGCUUUAUGGGGCAAAAAUGCAAGAUAUAAGCCAGUAGCCGAAAAUUGAAAAGAAAACACAAAUGUAACUGAGAAAAGAGAGACGGCGAGCGCCUGAAAACUGAAGAAGCCAUAAUUUCACAAAUACGGAAGAAAUUUCCCGUGGACAAGUUAAUGACACUUAAAACUAACAAUGAUCAAAUGCAAACCACGAAGUAGUUUAACCAGUAAAAAACGCAAUCGUUCGGAUCGAAUAUCAAUGAUAAUGAUUAAGAGAAAAUCCAGGAGAGUAAGUCCGAGAUAAGAGCUGUGACAAAUGUUAGGUAAACAAUAAAAAAAAGAACUAAACAGUUCGAGUCAAUCGCAGGGAAAUGAAACCUGAAGAAGAAACAAACAGAUGUUAAGACACAAACAAACACAAUGAAGGCAAGAGACUUGAAAACUUUUUUGUUUUAUUCCCUUGAAUUUGUGAUAUUACUCGCGUUAGACUAAAUGCAAACACAUUGAACAAAAUUAUACCAAAUGGUAUAAACAUAAUUUCGUUUCCGUUCUAAAACCAAUUAGAAGAAUUUAUAUUGAUGCAAGUGUGGUUUAAAAAAACAGGACCCGCGUUGGCACGAAUUCCCUUCCGCUGACUAAGACACUAAAUGUGGAUAAGCAUAACAAUCAGAUUGAAACGUUGUAAAAACAUGUAUUGAAGAGUGCUCCUUUCCAAUUCCGAAGAAAAUCAAUUGUAAAGAAAAAAUUCUUUCAAAUAAAAGAAAAAUUAAGUUAACAAAAAACACGACGCUAAAAGUUUCGUGCCAGCUAAUACCAAUGAAAAUAUCGCGAACUCAUGCUAUUUACAACAUUUCAUUUAGCCAAGUAGAAUCUGUUCAAAGGGUAACAUUCCUUCGAAGCGCAAAUUUAGUUGUAUCGAAUAUUGAACCGGCUAGCGCUGACCGCGGUCUCAUUAAAAUAGUAAUUUUCAAACAAUGCACUCACUUCAGUACCUGUGUUUUUGAAACUCAAGAGACUAACUGAAAAAAAUAUAUGAAAUCAAACUAACGUUUGGCAAUCUUAAACUAGAAAAAAAAAACAUUUAAGUGGAAGCGAAUGAGUCCUGCUAAAACGCAAACGGAAAGACGAAUUUUAAUUUCCAGAAACUAAAACCAAUUUGAUAGUAAUCUAUUGGACGCCCUGCAAAAAUGUUAAGUGAUAAUAGAAAAAAACAGUAAUCAACAUGCAUCAGUUGAAGACAGUAGUAGUUAAACAAAAUCGCAAGUGAAACAAGGAUUUCCUUCACACUAAAAUAUACAAACUUAUCCAUACACACGUGCUAAAAUGUACGGCUGAUAAAAACAAAUCUAGUCCAAUUCACAAUUGUUUUUGUAUGAUUUAUUUUCUAUAUGUUCUUUAAACAAAAACCAUUAAGCCAAAAGAGUUUUGUUGUGCAUUUUAAAUGUGCAACGAUUUAAGAUACCAUGACUGCAAAAACAAGACCGAGCGUGGCGAUCGCUCGAUAAAUGUAUAUCGUAGCGAGUUUUUUCGCAGUUUUGUUAAAAUUAUUUUUACAUCUCAUCGUAUAUUUGUGUACCAUGUACCCGAAUAGGAAGACGAAAGACUAUUGUUUUUCUCUUCUUAUUUAGUCGAAAAACGUUCUUGUGAGAUAAAUGAUUCGAGGAACAUAUUCUAUUUAGAGGUGCUAGUUGUUGAUAAACGAGCACACAGAAUCAGAACCGAGAGUGAAUGAGAAUGAAAUGUUUGUAGCUAGAUGAAGGCUACAAUGACUAAAACACUAAACUUUGACGAAGUGAUCUGAUUGCGAUACUACCCUAGACUAUGUGGAUCAAACUAUUCUGAGUCCACUGUUCUUUGCUCGUGAAUUUCACGCGGAUUAACAGUAUUUUCAACACUGCAUGCCCAAAAAGGAAGAGUGUGCACACGUUGAUGUGGAAACGUGGUCAUCGGAUUCGAUGAUUUUGUGGGACAAUUAACCUUAGAUAAGGUUUUCACAAAAGAUAAGUAAAGUGGAGGUCAAUCUGAACGAUUAGGAAGAAUCUGUCUUCCUAAAGUCCAAUCUGUGCAAAACGUUCAAUAUAAUAGUUUCAAAUUGAUUUGAAAACAAUGGUUUUCCGCUUACAUACCUAGAAAAUAUUCUAAAUUCAUUACUAAAUUAUUAAGGAACUCUCGAAUAGUUUACUUCUGAUCGUCUUGCUACGCGUUUCUUUUGAAGCGACUGACCUUUUAGUUGACAAUUUUAUGUAUUGUUCCUAAAACCACAAACUAAUCAUGUUCCUUUGUAUCAGAGUCUUAACAAAUCACUGAAACCCAGUGAAGAAAAUAGUACAUUGCACAGAUGGAAAUUCAGACUGAAGGCUUCCGUCUAAACCAAAUUGCCUUUAAUGAACUGUGAUCGUAUCAAUCUCGUCGCGUUCCUUUUUCUCAUCUCACAUAUACACAUAUAUACAUAUAAAUUCAAAAUAUUGAAAAGUAAAUCUUACUUUUUUGUGAUAGCAAAUUACAUGCGACCGGAUCGCAGCCGAGUGAAGCUCUCAUAUUUUCAUAGAACACGCUCUAAUUCACCGGUAUGCGUCCUUCAUUUAAAAUUUCAUUUUAUGUUGUAAUUUGAAUCUGCGAAAAAUAAUUCGUUGGUCUAAUUUUUGUUAUUUAUCUACACUACAACAAAAAGAAAGUUUAUAAUUACUAAAACACUACAUUCAUGUGUGAUUCGGAGUUGUUUACGCUCUGGCUGACUGAUUAUUGUUGUUUAUAUUACACUAGUUAGAGAAAAAAAGAAAAACCAAGCAAAAGCAAAUUAUCUCAUACAUUUGAAUCGACGCUAGCAAUGUAUGCCUAAAGUAUUCAUAUCGAUACAAAAGAAAAAAAACGAAAUCCCUUUCCACAAUUAAGUUCUCUUUAUAGAAACGAAACAUUAAAAAAUGUGAAACAAAAUUAAAAUUCGUCACAUGUUCCUAGGGAUAAAGAAUAAAAACCACCACGCGGUUAAUUUUUAGUUCUCAUUUAAGCUAUAGUAAUCGUUAUCGCCAAUCGGGAAAACAAAUGAGAAGUAUAUUUAACGUAGACGACCGGCUACUUCUCGAACCUUGUUCGAUGUAACAAUACGGACUAAUGAAUAUACACAAAUAUUGCAAUAAAACAAAAAAGUUAACCGAAAAACUUUCUUUCAUGGUACCGAUAGAGCAAAACCAAUUUUACAUUAUACAAAAAGCACUGAUAGUCAAAUGUUGUGUAUGUUUGUCUCAAACAAAUCUCAAAAGAAAAAAAUACGCAGAAAUCUUUAUUAAAAGAAACCGAAGUCCAACCGAUGAAGCAAAAUCGAUUAUUAUUCAAUCUAAGUUGAGUUUGCACAGCGGAAAACAUAACGAGAAAACAAUAAAUCUUCCCACCAUCAGCUGUAGGAAAUAGAAACGAAUGGUGAAGAGUUAUAGAUAUGUGUUGUGCGCCUAUUAUUGAAACUGACAACCAGAAACAUACCAAUGGUAGUGCAAAUUCUAUUCAAUUCGCAAGAUUCGUAAACUCUUGCCACUCUUUAUUGGGUGCGAAAACUGUGAUCAAACCUGUUUUUUCUUGAUAAUCGAUAAGUAGGAAUGAAAUGAGCCAAUGCAAAUGAGUGUUUCCCGCGAAAAUUGUCGGAAGAUAUCUAACAAUAACGACGACUGCUAGUAUCCUGAAUACAAUUAGUAAGAGAACCGAUAGGUCAACAAUUGAUUGCGGUGCAAGAGAUCUCGUAUUCUAGGAUUGCGUAUCAAGGAUUUUUCGGGAUACUGAAAGAUAAAAAAAUCACUCAUUUCAAUUAAAACACGCAUUCGCAUCAGGUUAGGAACGAAACACAUAAACGAAACCAUAGUAAAAUCAUUAUCAAAUUGAGACAAGCUCGUAUCUGUGAAACUUUUUUUCUAGGAAAAACAAUCGUUGAAAACAAGUGGAUCUACGACACUUUAAUGAACUUUCGACAAAGUAUCAUUGCACGCAGAUCGCAACUGUGCAUCCACGCCACAAACAGAUGAUAGGGUAUUUUUUGUACUAUUUUAUAAGACCGCGAAACAUUUUUAUUGAAUUCCUUGAAAAGUGAUUCCCACUUUCGCCAAGUGCCACAGGUGGAUUCUGUUCUACCCUGUGUUAAGACAUAUACCCUCUAAAACGAGUAUAGAAAAAAAACCCAGAAAACUACUGGAAACGAUAACAGUGGUGCAUAGAAUGAGAACUACAAUUUUUACACUAAAACAUUGUAAAAACAGACGAAGGAGGUUUAUGAAAUGAAAAAUUAAAAAUAAACGAACGCUCGCCUCUCUGAAGGAGAAAAUAACAACCAAAAUGUUUUUGGUAAUUCAAACAGAACAUACUAGAACGAAGAAAACGCGGAAAAAACCAAAUAAACCAGAAGAAUAAAAUUGAAACACGUGGCAAGUAAAAUCGAAUGGAUUUAUACAAACUAAUCGCAGCGUUUAGAAGCUAACAUAAAAGAAAAUCUAUUUACGAAGCUAAAGCAAACAGAAAACGCUAUAUUGUUCUUGCACACACGCAAAAUCAGACCAUGAAAAUUCUACCCUAGGAAGUUAUUCACACGCAAAUAGAAGCAAAAUCAAUUGAAUGCAUAUUUUAUUUUCCCUACCACUGUUUUCUUAAUCAGAAACAGCAUUACACCUUAUGUUGUGAAGAGAGAAAUAUUAUAAUAAUACUUUAAUUAUAUGUUUAUUUGUAAAAUGCAUACGAAAGCGUGACUGUUACUAAGAAAACCGAGCAAGAAAACAGGCGCAUUUCCGUGAACCACUAUUACUACUACGGAAUCAUGGAAUGAUUAUCUUAACGCCCAAAAAACCAUACAGACAAAUAUGAAUGGUGCGGGAGUUUGAUGAUACCUGCUUAGAGUAUAGGCGUGGGAAACGAAAGAAAAGAGAUCGGAACAGAAGACGGGAAUGGUGGAAAAACCGUUCCUCUGAGUAUGUAACCUUAUGAAUGUAAUCGUUUGAUGAAUUCAACACAUAAUUAUUAUAACCUGAAAAUGAUGAUGAUUGAAACAUUAAUAAAUAAUCAUGUUUAAUGGGCAAAAAUUAAA